AUGCCCGUGGCCGGAGGUGGCGGCACCUCGGGCCUCGCCGCACCUGCAGCCAUCUUACGUGGCCGCGGCGCCGGGACGGGGCUGCCGGUGCCCCCGAGCCCCCGCGUGUCCCCGGUGCGGUGCCCCGGGCUGGCACCUUCCUCGGAGAAAGAGCAAGAGGUUGACUCGAAAGAUGCCAUUAUACUGCAUCAAUUUUCGAGGCCUAACAAUGGUGUCCCAAGUUUAAAUCCUUUCUGUCUGAAAAUGGAAACUUACUUAAGGAUGGCUGAUUUACCCUACCAGAACUAUUUUGAUGGAAAACUUUCCCCUCAAGGGAAAAUGCCGUGGAUUGAAUAUAAUCACACAAGGGUGUCUGGCACUGAGUUCAUUAUUGACUUUUUGGAAGAGAAACUUGGAGUGAAUUUAAAUAAACACCUUGGUCCACAUGAAAGAGCUGUUUCCAGAGCAGUGACAAAAAUGGUGGAGGAGCACUUCUAUUGGACUUUAGCGUAUUGCCAAUGGGUGGAAAACCUCCACGAGACCCGAAAGAUGAUUUCCAUGUACGGCCCCUUCAGUGACUUGCUGAGGUGGAUUCUCUGCCAUCUGACCAAAGGGAUCGUGAAACGGGAGAUGUACGGCCACGGCAUCGGCCGCUUCUCCGAGGAGGAGAUCUACGCGCUCAUGGAGAAGGACAUGCGCUCGCUCGCCGGCCUCCUGGGUGACAAGAAAUACAUUAUGGGACCCAAGCUUUCCACUGUUGAUGCUACUGUGUUUGGGCAUCUGGCACAGGCCAUGUGGACGCUACCAGGGACUAGACCAGAGAGACUGAUCAAAGGUGAACUGAUCAACCUGGCUAUGUACUGCGAACGAAUAAGGAGGAAAUUCUGGCCCGAAUGGCACCACGACGAUGAUAACACUCUGUAUGAAUCUGAGGAAAGCAGUGAGACAAGCAAGACUUACUCCCCCUUGCAGGACUUCAGCUUUUAUUCAAGGACAGAAACAUUUGAUGAGGAAGGGACAGAGAACAGCAUUUCCCAUACCCCUGACACUGAUUACACUGGACACUCGCUCUUUGAUUCGGAUGUGGACAUGGAUGACCAGGAACAGUGCAAGUGACGUGUACGAGCAGCUCCCCUUUGCAC